AUGGAGGUCAGUGAUCCCCAGUGGAGCCACAGCCUGGGGGUAAUGUGAGUCUCCCUGUAGACUUGCAUGCCAGAGCACAGAAUACAGACCAGGCAUAUCUGCAUGCACUGACGCAGAGGAACUGCAGAGAACCAUUAGCCCUCAAGCCUGUCCUAGUUAGGCUACCGUAUCCUAAUUUGUUAGUGGAUUUUUGCCAGUCAAGUUUAGGUAUGUUGACCAUUUGUGACUCAUUGGUGUUCUCUCAAUGUUAGGUUGUUAUUACAACAAUGUUUGUCAGUGUUUCUGACAAGUAUGCUUGUAAUUUGCUUAUGCAUGAUUUACAGGCGCCCUUUACAGUCGGCUAUACUACUGUCCUAGCUGUUAAAUAGUUUAGCCAUGGUGUUAUCUUUCCUCUGAGGUUGAGGUGUAUCUAUGUUGGGAUAUCUGGGUUGUGAUGAGAAGGGUGUAACGUUUAGAAUGGUGAAACGCUCAGAACGCAGUAGACAGAAAAUGUGUAGGCUAAUUAGGGCUGUCCCCGACCCCAAAAAAUCUUGGUCGACUGAGAGUCAUCUGUUCUUUCAACCAAUCCAUUGGUCGAAAUUUAAAAACGUGUAUUUUUCCAUAUAUAGACACGCUAUGUUUGAAUAAAAUGAACUAUAUGUAGGCUACUGAGCUUGUCUGAUGCUUUAAGCGCUGCGAUUUCAAAAUGAAGUAAAGAAGGAGCCAGAGAUCAAUAUUGCCUAACCAGAAGAAAACAACAUGUUCCUGACCUCCCUCCUCCCGCUGCCCACUGCUGCUGGCCUUUGCAGAUUCUGCCAUUACACUCCUGAAGUUGCCAGUAAUAGGCUACACCAGCGGUCUGCAACCUUCUCCAUUUGGAGUGCCAAGUUAUCGUUCCAUUUCUAAUGAUCUGCGAGCCAGUUAUGAUUUUCAUAUGCACAUUUCCGUGGAACAGUUUCAUUUAAUUUAGAAUAAAGUCUUCAUAUCACAAUCAAUCUCAUGUGGUUAAUCAGAAUUAUAUCUAACUGAAAAUGAUACAACUCUAAAAGUAACUUCUAUUGCCAUUGCCAACUAUGUAAAAAUAGCCUACAUAAAGCCAACAAAUAAAAACAUUGCAGCCUGCAGGUAGAAAAUGUCCUGAUAAAAAAAUCUACAUUCUUAUAAAUCACAUUGGCUAAGCAUGGCCUGUCUUCAAGGAACUUAUAACAUUGUAUCAACUAUUAACUUGGUCUGGCCUGAAGAUUGUGCUAGCAAACUUGCAACAUUGUAUAAAAUAUUCUGGGCCCUCGAGUUUCCUGUGCCAGUGUGCUCUGGACAGAUACACAGCUAGGUGUCAGGUAGGCCUAUGUUAUGACGUUUCCACCAGAUCAGAGCUUGACAUUUUUUCCCCCCUUUCAUGCUGAUUGGUUAUCGAAAGGGUGAGAGCUGGAAAGAUUAUUCAAAUACAUUGAGGAACUAUUGUCAUUCUCAAUGGAUGUGAAAAGUGUUUGUUUACUUGCUGUUUGAGGCAAAGAAAACAUUACUUUGAGAAGCUACAUAGUGAUGGUGAGUUAAGACUAUCAGAUCCGUAAAUGGUAACAUUUAUAGGCCUACAGUACAUUUCGUGCAGGCCAGGUAGCCUAGGCCUACUUCUACGUGUAAUGAGGUGCGUGUCCUUACUCAAGAUUGACAGGAACGCUCCAAACACAAGACAAUUAAUAAAUUGACGAAUUAAAUAGUGUAGCCUAGGUUGUGCGCUCUGCAAACAACGUGUCCACUCCUACAAUUUCAACGGUAAGGCUGUAAUAAUAAUAAUAAUAAUAAUAUAUUGAAUGCAUUAACAGAAAUGACCGUAACCAAACAAACAUUGUAGAUUAGAAAUUAUGUGAAUUAACGGUAAAUGUACUACUAGUGAUACUGGUGUGCCAUCCCCACGGCCUCCGCAAUGGAUUAGUCCACUCAGACUGGCAUAAAUCACAGGUGUCUCGUGUGACAUUUUAAAUAUAUAUUUGCCACUGCUCGACUAAAAAAAUCUUGGUCAACCAACAGCCUACCGACCAAACAAUCGACCCGUGGACUAAAUGGGGUCAGUCCUGAGGCUAAUGUAUUAGGACUAGAGCUCACAUGAGUGCUUGCUUAUUCUCCAUGACAAAGAAGAAUGCCUGUUAAACAUGAUAUAUAGGCUGUUUCUAUGUGAAAAUUCUAUAACGUUGCACCCUCCUGCAUAAGCCCCUGAACUCUGAGCUCUCUGGUGUGUCUUUUAAUCACUCAGAGGAAGGGAUUAAAGCUCUUGCAGUGCUCAUUAACAAGAUUAACAAUUAACCAGUGCUGAUUCUGCUUUAUAAUGUCCAGUUGUUCAUCUUGCCCAGAAUCGUCGAAAAUGGCUUAGUACGUGAGUUUAAAUGCUCUCAGCUCUUCUCCAGCAUCACUACUUGGAGAGCAGGCUAGGCUAGGCUAGUCCUCUUGAAAAUAGCAUUCAAAUUUGUCCUCUGGUUUUGUUUGAUUUGGUUAAAGAAUGGCAGCAUGUGAGGUCCUGGAGCAGGGAAAGAAGAACACAAAGGGAAGGCCUUCCCUCCCUGCCCCCUGGCCUGGACACUCCCCAUUCUGUCUCUUCUCUCCUCUGCUCCACCUCUCCUCCAGUCGCUUCCCUGUGGGCCAGCCUAUCUGAUAUCCAUAGAUAAUUAAUGUCUCGGGCCUCUGUACCUGCUGGGGUUUGGCAGUCUCUGUCUGCUGCCAACUCUGUAUGACCUCCUGGAGCCAGGGAGGGCUGUCUGUCGGUCUUCGAAACACAGCCUAGCAUAUUACCUACCCAGCUGCGAUCCCUUCAUCAGAGGAAAUGGAGAAAAUACAUCUGAAAAUAAAUGCCCCCUCAGCAGUUUGGCCUGUGACUCAAACUUGCCAGGCCGAUAAAAGGUGUGUUUGCUGUUCUUUUUAACUGCAAUAUGUAACUUUUUGGGCACCUGACCAAAUUCACAUAGAAAUAUGUUAGAUCUGUCAUUCUUACUGAAAGCAAGUCUAAGAAGCGGUAGAUCUGUUUUAUGUGCACUAUUUCUAUGCUUUCCUUAAGUUUCAUCUUUGCGUAUUUUACUUUCAGUUUUGUACGCCAGCUUCAAACUAAUAUUUUUGGUUAUGGAAAAUAUAUUUCUCAGGGGUUUAGAUGAUACAAUGAUUAUCUACACUAUACUUGCUUGUUUUGUCACAAACUGAAAUUAGGCGAACUAUUUAGAAUUUUUAGCAACCAGGAAAUGGCGGCGCGAUUUCUGCAUAGUGCAUCUUUAAACAACGUCUGUCUCAGGCUCUGAAGCAAAAAAUACAGUGCAUUCGGAAAGUAUUCAGACCCCUUGACUUUUUCCACAUUUUGUUACUUUACAGCCUUAUUCUAAAAUUUAUUAAAUCGUUUUUUCCCUCAUCAAUCUACACACUAUACCCCAUAAUGACAAAGCAAAAACAGGUCUUUAGAAAUGUUUGCAAUAAACUAAACAAAAACACUUUAAUAUCACAUUUACAUAAGUAUUCAGACCCUUUACUCAGUACUUUGUUGAAGCACCUUUGGUAGCGAUUACAGCCUUGAGUCUUCUUGGCUAUGACGCUACAAGCUUGUCACACCUGUAUUUGGGGAGUUUCUCCCAUUCUUCGCUGCAGACCCUCUCAAGCUCUGUCAGGUUGGAUGGGGAGUGUCGCUGCGCAGCUGUUUUCAGGUCUCUCCAGAGAUGUUUGAUCGGGUUCAAGUCCGGGCUCUGGCUGGGCCACUCAAGGACAUUGAGACUUAUCCCGAAGCCACUCCUGCAUUGUCUUGGCUGUGUGCUUAGGGUCAUUCUCCUGUUGGAAGGUGAACCUUCGCCCCAGUCUGAGGUCCUGAGCGCUCUGGAGCAGAUUUUCAUCAAGGAUCUCUGUACUUUGCUCCGUUCAUCUUUGCCUCGAUCCUGACUAGUCUCCCAGUCCCUGCCGCUGAAAAACAUCCCCACAGCAUGAUGCUGCCACCACCAUUCUUCACCGUAGAGAGGGUGCCAGGUUUCCUCCAGACGUGACGCUUGGCAUUCAGGCCAAAGAGUUCAAUCUUGGUUUCAUCAGACCAGAGAAUCUUGUUUUUCAUGGUCAGAGUCCUUUAGGUGCCUUUUGGCAAACUCCAAGCGGGCUGUCAUAUGCCUUUUACUAAGGAGUGGCUUCUAUCUGGCAUCAUCUUGAACUUCUUCCAUUUUCUAAUAAUUGCGCCAACAGUUGUUGCCUUCUCACCAAGCUGCUUGCCUAUUGUCCUGUAGCCCAUCCCAGCCUUGUGCAGGUCUACAAUUUUAUCCCUGAUGUCCUUACACAGCUCUCUGGUCUUGGCCAUUGUGGAGAGGUUGGAGUCUGUUUGAUUGAGUGUGUGGACAGGUGUCUUUUAUACAGGUAACGAGUUCAAACAGGUGCAGUUAAUACAGGUAAUGAGUGGAGAACAGGAGGCCUUCUUAAAGAAAAACUAACAGGUCUGUGAGAGCCGGAAUUCUUACUGGUUGGUAGGUGAUCAAAUACUUAUGUCAUGCAAUAACAUGCAAAUUAAUUACUUAAAAAUCAUACAAUGUGAUUUUCUGGAUUUUUGUUUUUUUAGAUUCCGUCUCUCACAGUUGAAGUGUACCUAUAAUAAAAAUUACAGACCUCUACAUGCUUUGUAAGUAGGAAAACCUGCAAAAUCGGCAGUGUAUCAAAUACUUGUUCUCCCCACUGUAUAUAACAUAACACAUAGUCAUUUUGAAUGACACUGAGAGGCAGUGUUACAUCUAAUGCCUGUUUGCCUGAGGCUGAUGCUGUGCAGGUGUUUGUAAACAUGCAUACACACACUCGCAUUCAAAUGCACACGUGCACAUACACGGACACACACACACACACACACACACACACACACACACGUAAAUAGUGCCAAACAUGCACUCAAACAUAUUCAGUUGGCCUCGCUGUUAUGAGUUUUGUUAUCCUUGAUGUCUUCUUUUUUGCAUUGUUUUCCUUUGUCUUUUUUCUCUUUUGUUCAUUUUGUUGGUUAUUGGUGCAUUGGGUACGGGGUCUUGGGGGUGGGGAAUGGAAUUAUUUUUCUCGGGGGGGUGCUCGAAGGUUGAGGGGCAGCUCUUGGGGAACUGUGGGGGGGAUCUUGGAGGGCUGGUGGCCUGGCGGUUGGGAGCUUGGGCCGGUGGCUGAUGGGUCGCUUGUUCGGCUCCCCGUUUUUGACCUUGUGGGAGAUCUGUCGACAUGCCCUUGAGCAGGGCGUUGUCCCUGGUUGCUGAGUCUGUUAGAUGACUAAUGUGAUGUAGUUGUUGAGCGGCUUCACUGCAAGUAUAUUUUAAAUAUUCACCCAAAGAAUAAAAAAAUGUUUGUUGCACCUGCAUGUUUGUCAUCUGAGGCGUGAACCUCACAGGUUGAGGCACAAACUGAUAGAAUAGGAGCGAUAAUGGGAAUGCACACACGAGACACCUUGUUCUCUCAUUAUCUAGUAGAGUCAGAGUUGAAGUCAGCUUUUAGGCUGUGUUUCUAUUUUGAGGGUUCAUGAACCUGUACCUGAGCUUUCUGAAACUCUUUGAUUGUGUCUUUAGUUGUUCUCUGUCUGUGUUUUCCCAGCUGGUGCUCUGGAGCCUUGUGUAUUGUGGGAACACUGAUGAGCGCAUUGUCAUGCGUUUGUUUACGGCAUGGCAGCUGUGCCGCUAUUGAGUGAGGGCAUUGGUUUUGUGGGUAGUGUCUACCAGUUAGUAUGGUACUGUGAAAGAGUACGGCAGAUGGUGUAAACUAAGUUUGAGUUGGGGCUGGGAUGAUGCUAAUAGUGAUAAUCCAUGGCAACUCUCUGUCCUUGGCUUAUCCCUGGUUAGACCCUGGCGGGGUGUGGCAUUUAGAGGCACCUAUUUUGGCCCUGUAGAGACAUUUUUGCAUUUCUAAGCUAAUUUCUUGCAAUUCUACACAUUUUGCCAUGCAGCUGAGAGAAAAUGUUGCAGUUUAAAUGCCAUGGAUAAUGCUUUAUUCUUUUGCUCAAACAUAAUAACAAAGCUUUUAUUUUGGUGAUUGUUAGUUCUCAAAUUAUAUUAUAAAAAAUAUAGCUCCAUUAACUUUUCUACAUACUUUAUAUCUGGUUUUAGUCGUUUAAGUUUACACUUAUUAUAAUAUAAUUUUUUUACACUGUUUGGACAUAGACGACCAGAAAAAACGCUUAGGCGGCCCGCCCAAGGAUUACAAUGGCAGAAAAAUCCCUGCCUUGCUUAACCCCUAAGAUUCGCUGCCUCUGUAAUUUAGUAUAUCGUCCUUCUCCUUUCACCCACAUUGCUGUCACCUGUCUGAUGCACAGGAAUGCAUACAGUAGACCCAACUGAAAUAAAUCCCUAUCUGUAGACAUUAUUAAUUGUUCUGUACAUGUUAGUCAUCUCCACAGAAUGAACAGUCAUUGUCAAUUUGCAUACACUGUGUCACUGUACAUGUUAGUCAAUCUCUCAACAAGAAUACACGUGUUGAACAUACGAGUAGGCUACCACCUAACACAUCCUUAGUUUGACACACCAUUCUCGUGAAAGAGCAGCGACACGUGGCUAGCAGCAAACGUUAGGCCUAUCGCUGUUGUGGAACUCUAGAGAGAGCCCUUGAGUGGCGGCUGAGAGAAUGGCCUCCUUUGUCUGUCCAGUGAAGGGGAGUUUAUGUGCUAAAACUAGAGAGCUGAGUGAACACAAACCCAACACGAGGGACUUUGUCCAGCCGUGCCUUUGCCUACAGAGAAGCUGUGGGUAGUAAAGGAAUAUGAGUGCCAUUUGGAGAGCUAAGCCUAAGCUAUAGACUGCUACUGAUUUUAGGAGAUUUGUAGCCAAUUUUGGAUGCUCAGUGUCCUGUUACUUGUGGUUCUGUUCCAAUGGAAGUGAUGAAUGAUCUCAUCAGAUUGGAGACUAGAGACAGAAGGAGUGUGUGGCUAUUUGUUAUUUUCAAAUACAAUCAUUUCAUACCUUGAUGACAUUGAGAUACGAUCACAUGCCUCUUUAUUUAUUUGUGUGAAUACCUGGGAACAGAUUUCCUAAAUUAAACUCCUUUUAGCUAAAUUGUUGGUGAUUGUACAGUCUUUUUAUUUGUAUAUUUUUUUUAAAACAAAAAACGACAAUCCUUUUUUACAAAAACGUUGUGGGGGCCCAAAAGAAAUCACUCGUGGGCUGGUUUUGGCCCCCAGGGCCACCUGUUGCUGACCCCUGCCCUACUUGUCUCAUUUGGGACGUGGGACGUGUGUGUGUGUGAAUAGCUUAAGACCAACACAUGGUAGUGCAGAACAGAGUAGCCUGUUUUUUUUUAUUUAUUAUUUGUGUACUUGUUUUGACAUUUUACUGCAUUGUUAGGAACCAGUAACAUAAGCCUUUCGCUGCACCCGCUAUAACAUCUGCUAAACUGUGUAGGCGACCAACAGUAGCCUGGUUACGUCAUUAUUGUGCUUUGACUUCAGACUCAAAGAAACACAACAAAUACUUUUUCAUGGGACAAUUACUUUUUCUUUCUCUCAGACACAAUAUACAAACAAUGUUACGCAACAAGAGCUUAGCCGUAUCCCACUCAAGUUGUUGAAUGUUUAUUUCAUGGUGCGCACAACUGGACUCUUCUACUACUUGAUGGCAUUGGCCAAUUGGCCAUGAGAAACUAGGAACAGUAGGCAUCAUGAGCAGGUCAAUGAGUGGAUCAUUUAUUUAUUUCUGUUGCUGUGUUAUGUUAUUGAUCAAUAGAUGAGGAUGUAAUGUCAUCCUGUGCUUGUUAUAUUUACUGAUUAUAUUAUAUUGUCACAUUUUGCUUUGUCAACUAAAGAGGUAAAAGCAUCGUUCUGCCACCUAGAGCUGCUAGCCUCCAUAGUAUGGAUAGAGAACCACUGAUGGUCAGAAACCCCCCACCCUUCCCCCAGCCCUAUUAGAGGUGAAAGAUACACACCAGUGAACUCAGAACCUGGCUCACUGAUCACUUGCCGGCCGGCCGGCCGGACACAACCUGGGGUUCUGACCAUCUGCUCCUCAGACCAGCCACACAACCAUCUGUGCUCGCCUCAGUGGUGGCCUGGACUCAAGUACUGUUUACUGUAAAAGGCCUUUCUUUCUUUCAUUGUUUAGCUGUACAGUGAACAUCAUCAAUAAUCAACAUGGCUUGGAAAAGGCCAUCUUUACACCAUGACAGUACCAUAUCAGUUCAAAGAUGAAGUCAAGCAUAAAAUCUAGACCAUAUUGUCGUCAUUAACCCAAUCCUUUCCAAAAACAUGAUACAAAUUGUAGCCUACAUGGUUCAAUUCCUCCUACGGGAGGGGACGUCUGUUACAUUUACGUCACUGAUGUGAAUUAGAGCAUGAUAAAUUAUCUCAAAGGAUGUAGAGUAGGGUGGCGACAGGGAGGGUUAUACAGAAUGCUGAGAAGGACUUGCCUACACUUUUAAUUGGCUAACUAACGUUACAGAUUAAUAUCUGUGUCUGCUUGGAUGGACACGACAUACACGCAGGCCUAGGCUUUGUCUGUAGACUCCUAAUACAUCAGGGCAGGUCCAUAGGUAGCCUUGCUCUGGAUCCUUACAACCCACUGGUUGUGAUCAUGACUAGUCAGACACCUCUCCCUGUCUAUUUCUGCUCAGCCUGGGUGGGGCCCAGCCCCAGACAGACCGACAAGCUCCAUCAUCAAAUAUUAAAGCACCUGUUUUCCUCAGCCUCAUGCUGGGAGCUCAUUCUCCCAGACAGUCUGGCUGACUGGGGAGUCUGACUGGGACAAGACAUCCAUCAUUCAUAACCUUUAAAGUCAGACCAACAUCACUGAACUGAGGUGGUCAGUCAGACUUGUUUUUCAGAGUUUGCCAAACGGAGGCAUGUUUCUAUUUCUAAAGGAAAAAGGAAAGACAAGGUAAUGCUUGUCUUUAUAACUAGCCAAACCAGUGUUUUUCAAGUUGAGUUUGUAAUCAACAAGAAAGCCUAGGUAAUUCAGAGGGGAAAGAUUCACAUUAUAGCCUCAUUUCCACUGAAAGCAGGCUAAUGAACCCGAAGCAUCAAGUGGAACCCUAUCAGUGUUUCCUGCUCUAAUUGAAUUACAGAUAAAGACAAUUGAUCAAAAGUCACAGCUUCAGCAGUAGUCUGCCAGCACAGUUCUGUAAAUGUCUCAAAUAAGUUGAGGGCACUGAAGUCAGAAGCCAUAUGAUGGAGUUGUAGUGGGAGAACAGUGCAACUAGUGGGCCUGUGUGGAUCCGUGGUACAUCAUCCAGGACAUUGUCUAUGGGGUGAAGGAGAGUGGGAGGCUGUGUCUGUCUUGGCAGCUGUAGAGUUGCUAAGGCCCCAUUACUGAGAGUGGCUCAUAAACUGGUUACAAUAAGUCUUUCCUAACGUCAUUAUCAGGCUCUUCCUCAUCUGGAUAGCAGCUGGGUGUCUUAUCAUUGUCAUAUGAUGUUCUUCCUCUGUUAGACCUAGCACUGUCUAUGGCUUGAGCCUUUGAAUAAUUGAUCAGACAUGGCAUUUAGCUGGUUUUGCAAAUCAUCUGUCUACAAUUUGUUGGAUUUUCAUCGAAAAACAAUAGUUAGUGAGAUGGAUUUUUGUUACUGGUCUUCCACUAGGCCUGUGUGAUGAAAAGGGUAGGCUAGACUGAAAUGCGUGAUUUCAAACAAAGAGGAGAAAAUGUCAGAUUCCUUCAAAGUAUCUUUGGAGAAUACUGAAAGUAGCUUUAGUGAAGUUGUCUAUUGUAAUGAGUUAGUCUCUCAUUCAUAGAUGUGCUAGCAAGCAACCCGAGGAGGAGUGUUCAGUAAGUGUUUCAAUAUCUGAAUUGCCCUGUGUUCGUCUGCAGAGAAGUGACUCAGCUGUGUGUGAAACGAAGGUCAUCAAAAUUGGACAAUGGAUGAAGAUACUCCAAACUAAAAACAUUUUAAAAUCUUCAUAUUGACUGAAUUAUAGCACGUAAAACAUUUUAUUGGCACAGACAAUGAAUGGAGUUCAGCGAUUUUGGUGGGAAUUCAGGUAUUACACAAGUGUACAAAACAUUAGGAACACCUUCCUAAUAUUGAGUUGCUCCCACUUUUGCCCACAGAGCAGCCUCAAUUCGUUGGGGCAUGGACUCUACAAGGUGUUGUGGCAGACCAGGGGGUUUGAUCAAUACGUUUACACAGAUCAGACACGGACACAAGUGUGAUACUUCAGUUUCAAGGGUGUUUAUUUAAAACAAUAAAAAAUAAAAAAGAUACAGCUCUCCUCCAGGAGACCUCUUCCGGGUUACCGCCUCUGGAGUAGAAUACUGAGCCCCUCGGUUCUAGCAGACCGUGAGGAUGUCUAUCCGGUAGCAACCUCUCACUACCUCCAACCUUCCCGUAUGCUGCCGUCCUGGCAGCUUUAUUGGCCCCAUACAGCUGGUGAGCAAUCAGCCCCAAUUAAUCCUGGCCAGAGGACCCGUCGAGACCUGGCACGUCCAGCAGAGGGAGCCACUGCCGCGUGAUGUAGACUCCGUCUGUCACCAGGCCUCGACGAGUCUCCCCCUGGUGGCUUGUCCGCGGUACGUUCCUCCCCAUCGUGUACCUGGGACAGGACGGCCCCUAGUCCCGUGUCACAGGCAUCCGUCUGCACCAGCAUCGGUACCUGGAAAUCUGGCGUCACGAGAAUCGGAUGGGAGCACAGGGUUUCCUUCAGGCGCUUCGGCCUCAUCCGACCACUUCACUGUUUUCAGGAGGUGGGCCCUGGUCAGAUCGGUAAGGGGGGAGGCUAUAGCCGCAAAAUUAGAUAAACCAGCUAUAGUAUCCCACCAACCCCAGGAAGGACUUCACCUGUGUCUUGGUGCGGGGAACGGGCCAGUCACGAAUUGCCUGGACCUUCCUCUCCUGGGUCUUAACUUUCCCUCGUCCGAUCAAAUACCCCAGGUACUCCACCUCCUCGAACCCCAGCUCGCAUUUCUUGGGAUUCGCUGUCAACCCAGAUUGCCUGAGUGCGUCCAGUACUGACUGGAGGUGCGUCAGGUGCUCUUCCCAACCUUGGCUGUGGAUGAUGAUGUCAUCCAAAUAGGCCGCUGCGUACGGUUGGUGGGGUCGGAGAACUCGGUCCAUCAGGCGCUGGAACGUGGGCGGGUCUCCAUGAAGACUGAACGGGAGGACCCGGUAUUGGUAUAAGCCGUCCGAUGUCGAGAAUUCCGUCUUCUCCCGAGAGGAGGCUGCCAAGGGUACCUGCCAAUAUCCCUUGGUCAGGUCCAGGGUGCUGAUGUUCCGGGCCUUUCCCAAUCGGUUACUAAGCUCGUCCACCCUCGGCAUGGGGUAGACGUGAAACAAACUGAUGUCGUUCACCCCCUGGAAGUCAUUGCAGAAACGCAGACUACCGUCUGGUUUGGGCACUAACACGAUGGGGCUGCACCAUGUGCUGUGGGAAACCUGACUCCACCUCCUGCUUCACAGCCUUCCUUUGGGCCUCGGGGAUCCAGUCUGGCCUCUUUUGUACCGUUUCUCCGGGCAGGGUGCGGACGUGGUGUUCAAUGAGGGUUGUUCGGCCGCGUGGUCUCCUCCCAUAGAGGAGUUCAAAAGGGGAAAACCCAGUGGAGGCCUGGGGCACUUCUCGGAUCAAGGACAUUAGGUGGGGUAGUAUCUGGUCCCAGUUCUUCCCGUCCCACUCGAUGACCUUCCGCAGCAUUUGUUUGAGCGUCUUAUUGAACCGUUCGACGAGCCCAUCCGUCUGAGAGUGAAAGACGGAGGUCCGGAUCUGCUUUAUCUGUAGGAGAGCACACACAUCUUUAAUUAGUCGGGACAUGGACUCUGUACCUUGGUCGGUCAGGAUCUUGUUCGGGAUGCCCACCCGGCUGAAGAGGUGGAACAGCUCCCGAUCGAUUCCCUUGGAGACUGACGCUCGUAGGGGAAUGGUAUCGGGUGGUAUAAUCUACUAUAAACAGGAUAUACAGGUGUCAUCAGGCCAUUUAUACCAGGGGGCCCAUUAUGUCAAUGGCAAUGCGUUCAAACGGCACUCCGAUGAUCGGUAGGGGAACCAGCGGGUACCGGAAAUGUGCUUUUGGGGCGGUGAUUUGACACUCCGGGCAGCUGCUGCAAAAGUCUUCCACGGCCCGCUUCAUCCCGGGCCAGUGGAACCGGGCGGCGAUCUGUUCCCGGGUUUUCUCCAUUCCCAGGUGCGCACCCAACAAAUGGGUGUGAAGAACUGUUCCGACGUACCGGCGGUGGAGCAACAGCACCUCUCGAAGUUCCCCCUGUUCAUGCGACUCCUGAUACAACAGGUUAUUUUUGAUUUGGAAAUGGGGGUAUUGCCAGUCACUCACCCCCGGAAGAAGCUGGCCAUCCACCGCUAUCACUUGGGCCGCGGCGGCUUUCAAGUUCGGAUCCUCCCACUGGGCGGUCCCAAACUCAGGGCAAGUGUCUCGGCGAGUCUUAAAUCUUUUGUCUUGCCCAUUCACCCUCUGAAUGGCACACAUACACAACCCAUGUCUCAAUUGUCUAAAGCCUUAAAAAUCCUUAUUUAACCUGUCUCCUCCCCUGUGAUCUACACUGAUUUGAAGUGUAUUUAACAGGUGACAUCAAUAAGGGAUCAUAGAUUUCAUCUGGAUUCACCUGGUCAGUCUGUCAUGGAAAGAGCAGGUGUUCCUAAUGUUUUGUACACCCAGUGUAUAUACAUUUUCUAAUGGUAUCAGGUAUUUUCUUUUUAAUAUUUUGUGUUAAAAUAAAGCAUGAUGUGCCUCUUUGCAUAAAUAUGCUGGGUGUAUUUGCAUAUAUUAAUACAUGCCAAGGUAGCAGCUACUCUUCCUGAGGUCCAGCAACAUUAAGGCAUUUAUAUACAAUUUAAGAUAUUACAUGACAUUACAUUUCAUAACACUUUUCACAACACAUUAAGUGUGUGCCCUCAGGUCACGACUCUACUAUAACAUAUCUACAAUACAAAAUAUAUGUGUACGUGUGUGUACAGUGUGUGUGUGUGUGUGUUUGUCUUCACAGUCCCCGCUGUUCCAAAAGGUGUAUUUUUAUCUGUUUUUUAAAUCUGAUUCUACUGCUUGCAUCAGUUACCUGAUGUGGAAUAGAGUUCCAUGUAGCCAUGGCUCUACAUAGUACUGUGCGCCUCCCAUAGUCUGUUCUUGACUUUGGGAUUGUGAAGAGACCUCUGGUAGCAUGUCUUGUGGGGUAUGCAUGGGUGUCCGAGCUGUGUGCUAGUAUUUUAAACAGACACCUCGGUGCAUUCAGCAUGUAAACACUUCUUCAAAAACAAGUAAUGAUGAAGUCAAUCUCUCCUCCACUUGGAGCCAUGAGAGAUUUACAUGCAUAUUAUUAAUGUUAGCUCUUUGUGUACAUUUAAAGGCCAGCCGUGCUGCCCUGUUCUGAGGCAAUUGUAAUUUUCCGAGGUCCCUCUUUGUGGCACCUGACCACACGACUGAACAGUAGUCCAGGUACGACAAAACUAGGGCCUUUAGGACUUGCCUUGUUGAUAGUGUUGUUAAAAAGGCAGAGUAAUGCUUUAUUAUGGACAGACUUCUCCCCAUCUUAGCUACUGUUGUACCAACAUGUUUUGACCAUGACAGUUUACAAUCCAGGGUUACUGCAAGCAGUUUAGUCACCUCAACUUGCUCAAUUUCCACAUAAUUUAUUAGUUGAGGUUUAGGGUUUAGUGAAUGAUUUGUCCCAAAUACAAUGCUUUUAGUUUUUGAAAUAUUUAGAACAAACGUAUUCCUUGCCACCCAUUCUGAAACUAACUGCAGCUCUUUGUUUAGUGUUGCAGUAUUUCACUCACUGUAGUAGCUGGCGGUUAUAGUGUUGAGUCAUCCGCAUACAUAGACACACUGGCUUUACUCAAAGCCAGUGGCAUGUCGUUAGUAAAGAUUGAAAAAAGUAAGGGGCUUAGACAGCUGCCCUGGGGAAUUCCUUAUUCUACCUGGAUUAUGUUUGAGAGACUUCCAUUAAAGAACACCCUCUUCUGUUAGACAGGUUACUAUUUAUCCACAAUAUAGCAGGGGGUGUAAAGCUGUAACACAUACGCUUUUCCAUCAGCAGACUAGGAUCGAUAAUGUUAAAAGCCGUACUGAAGUCUAACAAAACAGCUCCUACGAUAUUUGUAUUAUCAAUUUCUCUCAGCCAAUUAUUAGUCAUUUGUGUAAGUGCUGUGCUUGUUAAAUGUCCUUCCCUAUAAGCGUGCUGAAAGUCUGUCAAUUUGUUUAGUUUACAGUAAAAUAGCAUUGUAUCUGGUCAAACACAAUUUUCCCAAAAUGUAACUAAGAGUUGGUAACAGGCUGAUUGGUCAGCUAUUUGAGCCUGUAAAGGGGCCUUUACUAUUCUUGGGUAGUGGAAUUACUUUUGCUUUUGCAAACAUCUUUUCACCUCUUCCACACUCACUUUACGGAAUUCGAAAUUACAGUGCUUGUCUUUCACAAUGUUAUACUUGGAUGUGUACUGUCAGUGUUUGUUUCUGGCAUGUCAUGCCUGAGUUUGCCAAUGAAGAAAUCAUUAAAGUAAUUGGCAAUAUCAGUGGGUUUUGUGAUGAAUGAGCCAUCUGAUUCAAUGAAUGAUGGAGCUGUGUUUGCCCAAAAUGUCAUUUAAGGUGUUCCAGAGUUUCUACUAUCAUAGUGUAGUUUCUUCUCCUUUAUAUUCAGUUUAAGUCACAUGAUAUCUCAAUUUGCAGUACGUUUGCCAUUCGGUUGUGCAGCCAGACUUCUUUGCCAUUUAUUUUGCCUCAUCCCUCUCAACCAUACAAUUUUCCAAUUCCUCAUCAAUCCAUGGGGAUUUAACCGUUUUUAGUCAUUUUCUUAAUGGGUGCAUGCUUAUUAGAAACUGUAGUAAGCAAUUUCAUGUGUCAAGUGCAGUGUCUGGUUGCUGCUAAUUAAACACCACAGACCAACAAUUACUCUUUACAUCAACAGGAAUUACUACAAAACUUGAUGUAUGAUCUCUUAUACACUAUAUUAGGCCCAGUCUUUGGAACUUUGGUUUUCCUAGAUACGGCAACUGUAUUGUGAUCACUACAUCCGAUGGAUUUGGAUACUGCUUUAAAGCAAAUUUCUCUAGCAUUAGUAAAGAUGUGAUCAAAACAUGUUGAUGAUUUCAUUCCUGUGCUGUUUGUAACUACCCUGGUAGGUUGACUGAUAACCUGAACCAGGUUGCAGGCACUGGUUCCAGUCAAUAUUUAUAAAACCCAGAAAAUAUACCUCUGUUGAUAUCACAUACAUUAUCAAGCAUUUCACACGCUAUCCAGAUACUGACUGUUAGCACUUGGUGGUCUAUAGCAGCUUCCCACAAGAAUGGGCUUUAGUUGAGGCAGAUGAACCUGUAGCCAUAUUACUUCAACAGUAUUUAACAUGAGAUCCUCUCUAACAUAAGAGGUGGAACAGCUGCAAUCACCAAAAAACGUGCUCUGUCUAGGCCUGCCUAGACUGCUUCAUUAAUUACUGUUGUCACGUUCUGUUGCAUAAUUUGUCAAUAGCAGGAUGCCCUCCGAUUUUAAAAAUCAAACACUCUUGGAUUACACCCAUCUAUUCAUACUUUACAUUAUUUGCGAGAUCAGACAUAACAUCACUAUUAUCCAAGUUUUCUUUUUGGGAAUUUGCUUUCAUUCAGCACAUCUUAAUUUGUAAACAUUUCAACUGUAUUAAAUCAUUACUUUUUAAAAUUCCACAAAAAAUUAACACCCAUCAAAAUAAAGUUAUCCUUCUUCUCUUUCUUGUGAUGUAAGUGUUGAUGAUGCGUUUAAAUUCCAGACAAAGCUUCAGCGUUCUUAUAGAUGCAAAGGAAAGACCAUGUAUGCCAUUGACCCAUUUCUGCAAUUACCGGGUGUGUAUGACCGGUCAAUACAAACAUUUCCACGGCCGUAACGUUCACGGAAAAACCAUCACGCACAAGCAAGAGUAUGAAAGAGUCGCAAGAGUAAAAUUUAAAAAAUCAAUCCAGCGAAAUUUAAGUGACAAGUGGAUUUGGCACCCUUCAAACACAGUUGGCAGGGCGUGCACGUUGCAUGUGUGUGCUCAAGGUUAGUUUGCUGGGUAUUUUACCUUGCCUGAUCUUCAGAGGCACUUCACAAUCACACAUUGUCACACAAUCCCAGAAAGAGAGGUUUUCUAAAAUAACAUGGCAUUUCACGUAGGCACAGUGCAAUGUCUAGGAUUGACUCAAUGUUACAAUGCAGAGGAUGAUGAUGAGGUCUUUUUGAUCUAUUAGCCUAUUUAUUGAACAAAGACCUGGGCUAAGUCCCAUUAUGGCAUCCUAUUCCCUAUAUUGUGCACUACUUUUGACCACUUUGUUGUGGUUUAAGGGUGUGGUGUGUGUUCUGCCAUCCUCCUCAUUUACAGACUAGAAGAGUGCUGCUUCAGGGAACUCCGUGGCCCUUUUGAACUCUGCUUGUGCUCUCUGGGUGACCUCCCUCUCCGGACUAGAGGGCCCUUUGCCCUGGGGUGAGAGCCACUUAUAGAUAGAUGUUAGCCUAAUGGUCAUGCACGAGCUAAGGAUAAGGCUAUCGUGAUGGAUGGCUAAUUGCAGCCAGACAGUGUAGUAGGACAUGGAGAGAGGGAUGCAGCCAUACCAUUGAGUUAGGCUUCUAAUUAGGCUCAUUUAGGUAGAUAUCUGUUUUGUGGCUUUAGAGGUGUCUACUGCAUUUGUAAACGUCUAGUAGACAAGAUGUUCAAUCACAGCCACUCAAUACAUUGCGUUUUUGAGUGAACCAAAUCUGCUGAUAUGUUGAUUGAACUCUGAAAGUGAUGUGCAAAGUAAAGAAAAUGUCUUUAACAUUUCUAACCUUGAACCCUGAAGUAAAUGAUCUGGUUUCAAAAAGAAUACUUGUUUCACUUCUCUGGUCGACUCUUGUGGGUACAGAACACUUGACCGCUACACUGUUGAGUCAGACAGUCUGGAGAAGCAUGCUCUAAAUGCUUUCUGAAAAGCAGACACUUGGCCAUAUAAAAAGGCAUUGGUCGAUAAAAUCAUGGCUCCAGCCAGGCGGCUGGUCUGCUGCUACGGUGCUCAAGCUGACAGUGUGACCAGUGGGAAUCAUAGGGCUGAAGGGACCCAACUGUGCUGUGCCCAUGCAGUGCUUAUCUAUCCAUCUUAAACUUUUCAAGACUAUUUCCAUUCAAAAUCUAGGCCUAACUCCCAUCAGAAUAUUGUCUACAUCUGAUAGGGAGAGAUUAGUUUUAGUGGGCCUCUUUUCCUGUGGUUUGGCCGCAGGUAGCCUAGAUCUUGCUGUCUUAAUAAUAAUAAUAAUAUGCCAUUUAGCAGACGCUUUUAUCCAAAGCGACUUACAGUCAUGCGUGCAUACAUUUUUUUUGUGUAUUGGUGGUCCCGGGGAUCGAACCCACUACCUUGGCGUUACAAGCGCCGUGCUCUACCAGCUGAGCUACAGAGGACCACAUGAUGGUAUGAUGAUGGCAUGGCUGUCUCUGAAAUGGGAACGAAGUAGAGGGCAAGCAUUGGCAGGGAUCCAACACACCAUUCCCAAUUCGGUAGGCUAUUUGUGGUGAAACAAUAGUUCAGGUAUAAAAACAUAAGACACCAUGCUGCCUUAAAAGUGCAAAGCUGAUCUACCGGUGAAGUGGGGGAUAACACUGCUGGCUAGUAGGAGGUGGUGGUGUAUCGUAUCGUACGUUGGGCCUUCAAUUUAACCUAAGUCCAAAGGGGAGGGAGAUUGGGAGAGAGGGAGUGUGUCAGCAGCAGUGUGUAAUGUGGGUCAGUGUGUGCCACCAGAGUUGGCCUCAUUGGUCGCUAGCCAGGUUGGGGUCGGUCGCAAACUAACGAUACUGGCUGAAUGCCUGCAGCCUUGUCAUAUGAGAUAAGUGAUUACUGUAACCAUAGAAAUAUAAUAAAUAGUGAUUCUAUUUACAUUUUUUUUUCAUUUUAGUCAUUUUAGUAGACGCUCUUAUCCAGAGCGACUUACAGUUUUAGUGAGUGCAUACAGUGGGGAAAAAAAGUAUUUAGUCAGCCACCAAUUGUGCAAGUUCUCCCACUUAAAAAGAUGAGAGAGGCCUGUAAUUUUCAUCAUAGGUACACGUCAACUAUGACAGACAAAAUGAGAAAAAAAAUCCAGAAAAUCACAUUGUAGGAUUUUUAAUGAAUUUAUUUGCAAAUUAUGGUGGAAAAUAAGUAUUUGGUCAAUAACAAAAGUUUCUCAAUACUUUGUUAUAUACCCUUUGUUGGCAAUGACACAGGUCAAACGUUUUCUGUAAGUCUUCACAAGGUUUUCACACACUGUUGCUGGUAUUUUGGCCCAUUCCUCCAUGCAGAUCUCCUCUAGAGCAGUGAUGUUUUGGGGCUGUCGCUGGGCAACACGGACUUUCAACUCCCUCCAAAGAUUUUCUAUGGGGUUGAGAUCUGGAGACUGGCUAGGCCACUCCAGGACCUUGAAAUGCUUCUUACGAAGCCACUCCUUCGUUGCCCGGGCGGUGUGUUUGGGAUCAUUGUCAUGCUGAAAGACCCAGCCACGUUUCAUCUUCAAUGCCCUUGCUGAUGGAAGGAGGUUUUCACUCAAAAUCUCACGAUACAUGGCCCCAUUCAUUCUUUCCUUUACACGGAUCAGUCGUCCUGGUCCCUUUGCAGAAAAACAGCCCCAAAGCAUGAUGUUUCCACCCCCAUGCUUCACAGUAGGUAUGGUGUUCUUUGGAUGCAACUCAGCAUUCUUUGUCCUCCAAACACGACGAGUUUAGUUUUUACCAAAAAGUUCUAUUUUGGUUUCAUCUGACAUUCUCCCAAUCCUCUUCUGGAUCAUCCAAAUGCACUCUAGCAAACUUCAGAUGGGCCUGGACAUGUACUGGCUUAAGCAGGGGGACACGUCUGGCACUGCAGGAUUUGAGUCCCUGGCGGCGUAGUGUGUUACUGAUGGUAGGCUUUGUUACUUUGGUCCCAGCUCUCUGCAGGUCAUUCACUAGGUCCCCCCGUGUGGUUCUGGGAUUUUUGCUCACCGUUCUUGUGAUCAUUUUGACCCCACAGGGUGAGAUCUUGCGUGGAGCCCCAGAUCGAGGGAGCUUAUCAGUGGUCUUGUAUGUCUUCCAUUUCCUAAUAAUUGCUCCCACAGUUGAUUUCUUCAAACCAAGCUGCUUACCUAUUGCAUAUUCAGUCUUCCCAGCCUGGUGCAGGUCUACAAUUUUGUUUCUGGUGUCAUUUGACAGCUCUUUGGUCUUGGCCAUAGUGGAGUUUGGAGUGUGAAUGUUUGAGGUUGUGGACAGGUGUCUUUUAUACUGAUAACAAGUUCAAACAGGUGCCAUUAAUACAGGUAACGAGUGGAGGACAGAGGAGCCUCUUAAAUAAGAAGUUACAGGUCUGUGAGAGCCAGAAAUCUUGCUUGUUUGUAGGUGACCAAAUACUUAUUUUCCACCAUAAUUUGCAAAUAAAUUCAUUAAAAAUCCUACAAUGUGAUUUUCUGGAUUUUUGUUUCUCAAUUUGUCUGUCAUAGUUGAUGUGUACCUAUGAUGAAAAUUACAGGCAUCUCUCAUCUUUUUAAGUGGGAGAACUUGCACAAUUGGUGGCUGACUAAAUACUUUUUUUCCCCACUGUACAUUUUUCAUACUGUCCCCCCGUGGGAAACUAACCCACAACCCUGGCGUAGCAAGUGCCAUGCUCUACCAACUGAGCUACAUGAGGCCCCAAUAUUUAUAUGACUUUAACAGCCAAGGUGAUGCAAGGAGAGUCAAACUGACCUCUGAGCUCCACAUUUACUCACAUUGCAAGUAGUGGAAAAUUGAAGCCUGGACCUGUGAAAGUGUCAUAGAUACUGAUAGUGUUUUAGAUGGUUGCUAAAUAUCUCACUUCUCAUGCAGUCCUGUGCUUGUGUGCUGCCUGCAACCCGGAGGUGAAUGCAAAUCAAAUCAAAUCCAUUUUUAUUUGCCACAUGCGCCGAAUACAACCUUACAGCUUACUUACAAGCCCUUAACCAACAAUGCAGUUUUAAGAAAAAUAAGUGUUAAGUACAAAAUAAGUAAAACAAUUUAUUUAUUAAAGAGCAGCAGUAAAAUAAAAUAAUAGUAGGGAGGCUAUAUACAGGGGGUACCGGUACAGAGUCAAUGUGCAGCACUGAGUAUAGAGGACAGGAAUAGCACAGUCAGUAGUAGCAGGAUAGCAGAGGGCUGCCCCUCAAACAGAUGAACGGUAGCGGGAGUACAGCUGAUCUCUGUUUUCUUUGGCCUUGUAACCACUCCAGGAGAUAGGGAGAGCAAGGGAAAGAGUAGGAGAGAGCGGGAGGGAUGAUUAUUAUUAUUAUUAUUAUUAUUAUUAUUAUUAUUAUAUAUUAGCCUACCGAAAAUAUGUCAAGAGUCUUGUUAAACUACGUAGUAUUGCACGAAAAAAAAUUCCUAGGUCCCUCAAAUUAAACAAAGUCAAACUGGUAGUGUAUUUAAUAUAGGCUAUCUCAAUAAACAAUAAUCUUUUUUUUUUUAAGGGGGGGGUGACAUUUUUUAAAAUGUGAAAAAGGUGGCCCUGGGGGGAAAAAGGUUGGGAACCCCUGAGGUAGAGAGAGGGGGAGAGUUGGUUGCAGCCAGGUGCCCAGUGUAGAGUAUGGAGGCUAAAGCUCAUUGGCACCCUGUGCAAAACCAUUCAUCUGCAAGCAAUCCCUGUCCUUGGCCAAUCUUGCAGCACAGCAACUUUUCCCUGCAGUAUGCAACAUAGCGUAGUUUACUACCACAAACACAUACACACACACACUUUCUCCCUCCAACUCCUCGCUCUCUCUUUUCUCUCUUUCUGUCUCUCUUUUCUGUCAGUCAUUCACCCCUGCCCACUGUCAUUACUCUUGAUGAGAAGGGGCUGAUGGCUUUGAGCCAGUGCUAGCCUACACUGAUUGCUGAGUGGCCCCCUAAUGGAUUUCUCCAGUCAGUGAGCACGUCUCCUCUCCUCUGCCAUGUUGAUAUAUAUAUAUAUAUAUAUAUAUACACAUAUACAUAUAUACAUGUCCCAGUGCCUCAGCAACACUAGUAGCUAAUCAAAUGUGCUAUAUACAGUGGGGAAAAAAAGUAUUUAGUCAGCCACCAAUUGUGCAAGUUCUCCCACUUAAAAAGAUGAGAGAUGCCUGUAAUUUUCAUCAUAGGUACACGUCAACUAUGACAGACAAAUUGAGAAAAAAAAAUCCAGAAAAUCACAUUGUAGGAUUUUUAAUGAAUUUAUUUGCAAAUUAUGGUGGAAAAUAAGUAUUUGGUCACCUACAAACAAGCAAGAUUUCUGGCUCUCACAGACCUGUAACUUCUUCUUUAAGAGGCUCCUCUGUCCUCCCCUCGUUUCCUGUAUUAAUGGCACCUGUUUGAACUUGUUAUCAGUAUAAAAUACACCUGUCCACAACCUCAAACAGUCACACUCCAAACUCCACUAUGGCCAAGACCAAAGAGCUGUCAAAGGACACCAGAAACAAAAUUGUAGACCUGCACCAGGCUGGGAAGACUGAAUCUGCAAUAGGUAAGCAGCUUGGUUUGAAGAAAUCAACUAUGGGAGCAAUUAUUAGGAAAUGGAAGACAUACAACACCACUGAUAAUCUCCCUCAAUCUGGGGCUCCACGCAAGAUCUCACCCCGUGGGGUCAAAAUGAUCACAAGAACGGUGAGCAAAAAUCCCAGAACCACACGGGGGGACCUAGUGAAUGACCUGCAGAGAGCUCGGACCAAAGUAACAAAGCCUACCAUCAGUAACACACUACGCCGCCAGGGACUCAAAUCCUGCUGUGUCCCCCUGCUUAAGCCAGUACAUGUCCAGGCACGUCUGAAGUUUGCUAGAGUGCAUUUGGAUGAUCCAGAAGAGGAUUGGGAGAAUGUCAUAUGGUCAGAUGAAACCAAAAUAUAACUUUUUGGUAAAAACUCAACUCGUCGUGUUUGGAGUACAAAGAAUGCUGAGUUGCAUCCAAAGAACACCAUACCUACUGUGAAGCAUGGGGGUGGAAACAUCAUGCUUUGGGGCUGUUUUUCUGCAAAGGGACCAGGACGACUGAUCCGUGUAAAGGAAAGAAUGAAUGGGGCCAUGUAUCGUGAGAUUUUGAGUGAAAACCUCCUUCCAUCAGCAAGGGCAUUGAAGAUGAAACGUGGCUGGGUCUUUCAGCAUGACAAUGAUCCCAAACACACCGCCCGGGCAACGAAGGAGUGGCUUCGUAAGAAGCAUUUCAAGGUCCUGGAGUGGCCUAGCCAGUCUCCAGAUCUCAACCCCAUAGAAAAUCUUUGGAGGGAGUUGAAAAUCCGUGUUGCCCAGCGACAGCCCCAAAACGUCACUGCUCUAGAGGAGAUCUGCAUGGAGGAAUGGGCCAAAAUACCAGCAACAGUGUGUGAAAACCUUGUGAAGACUUACAGAAAACGUUUGACCUGUGUCAUUGCCAACAAAGGGUAUAUAACAAAGUAUUGAGAAACUUUUUUUUGUUAUUGACCAAAUACUUAUUUUCCACCAUAAUUUGCAAAUAAAUUCAUUAAAAAUCCUACAAUGUGAUUUUCUGGAAUUUCUUUUCUCAUUUUGUCUGUCAUAGUUGACGUGUACCUAUGAUGAAAAUUACAGGCCUCUCUCAUCUUUUUAAGUGGGAGAACUUGCACAAUUGGUGGCUGACUAAAUACUUUUUUUCCCCACUGUAGCUAGCACUUGUGCAUAUUAUUAAGCACCUCACAAAUGCAACUGCAAAUUGAUUGUGUAGGCCUUGUGGAUGAUGCAGUGAUGUGGAGAUGUGUUUUGAUAGUUCUCGUUACUGAAUCACUAUCUCUUCUCUUUGUAAACAGAGCUCAUUGCAGUCAUUGCUACGGACACCAAGGUAAACGAUGCACAGAGACCGUUUGAGUUUCUCACUACCGUGGUAUUUCGCAAUAAGACUCAGGGCGGCUGCACAUAGGCCUAUGGAUGUUUUGGAGAACCCAAUCUUGAAUGUUGUUUUGUUUUUGUUUGGUGUUAAACUAAAAUAAACUUCAACACUUGACUGGCUCCUGACGCUUGCCUUAUUUUUUCAGACACCUUCUGAGGGGCCUAAUGGCCUAAUCUUCAUUCUCUACUGAAUCGAUACUUUGUGCUUCAAACCCCUUGGGAAUGAUUUACCCUCGUCAUACUGUGUCUGUUGGCACAUCCAUGGCCACGUGGUUUUAGGGGGCAGGACCGCAUGCCCCUCUUGCCCCUGGCAUAUACUAUGUCUAUGGGAGACGGAUAAUAUGCAAAAGCUGUGGAUGAUGCCCAGGCGGAAUGAAGGAUGAUAGGCAGGCGGGUAGGGGCUGGCAUGCGUUCACAGGGGUACCACCAAACAGGGGUCUUUAUUAUUUAAAAGGUACCAUAUUCCCUAUGUAGUGCACUACUUUUGACCAGGGCCUACAAUGGGGAGAACAAAUAUUUGAUACACUGCCGAUUUUGCAGGUUUUCCUACUUACAAAGCAUGUAGAGGUCUGUAAUUUUUAUCAUAGGUACACUUCAACUGUGAGAGACUGAAUCUUAAAAAUCCAGAAAAUCACAUUGUAUGAUUUUUAAGUAAUUAAUUAGCAUUUUAUUGCAUGACAUAAGUAUUUGAUACAUCAGAAAAGCAGAACUUAAUAUUUGGUACAGAAACCUUUGUUUGCAGUUUCCUCUAGGUCUUGACCAGGUUUGCACACACUGCAGCAGGGAUUUUGGCCCACUCCUCCAUACAGACCUUAAACAGAUCCUUCAGGUUUCGGGGCUGUCGCUGGGCAAUACAGACUUUCAGCUCCCUCCAAAGAUUUUCUAUUGGGUUCAGGUCUGGAGACUGGCUAGGCCACUCCAGGACCUUGAGAUGCUUCUUACGGAGCCACUCCUUAGUUGCCCUGGCUGUGUGUUUCGGGUCGUUGUCAUGCUGGAAGACCCAGCCACGACCCAUCUUCAAUGCUCUUACUGAGGGAAGGAGGUUGUUGGCCAAGAUCUCGCGUUACAUGGCCCCAUCCAUCCUCCCCUCAAUAUGGUGCAGUCGUCCUGUCCCCUUUGCAGAAAAGCAUCCCCAAAGAAUGAUGUUUCCACCUCCAUGCUUCACGGUUGGGAUGGUGUUCUUGGAGUUGUACUCAUCCUUCUUCCUCCAAACACGGCGAGUGGAGGUUAGACCAAAAAGCUCUAUUUUUGUCUCAUCAGACCACAUGACCUUCUCCCAUUCCUCCUCUGGAUCAUCCAGAUGGUCAUUGGCAAACUUCAGACGGGCCUGGACAUGCGCUGGCUUGAGCAAGGGGACCUUGCGUGCACUGCAGGAUUUUAAUCCAUGACGGCGUAGUGUGUUACUAAUGGUUUUCUUUGAGACUGUGGUCCCAGCUCUCUUCAGGUCAUUGACCCGGUCCUGCCGUGUAGUUCUGGGCUGAUCCCUAACCUUCCUCAUGAUCGUUGAGGAACGAGGUGAGAUCUUGCAUGGAGCCCCAGACCGAGGGUGAUUGACCGUCAUCUUGAACUUCUUCAAUUUUCCAAUAAUUGCGCCAACAGUUGUUGUCUUCUCAUCAAGCUGCUUGCCUAUUGUCCUGUAGCCCAUCCCAGCCUUGUGCAGGUCUACAAUUUUAUCCCUGAUGUCCUUACACAGCUCUCUGGUCUUGGCCAUUGUGGAGAGGUUGGAGUCUGUUUGAUUGAGAGUGUGGACAGGUGUCUUUUAUACAGGUAACGAGUUCAAACAGGUGCAGUUAAUACAGGUAAUGAGUGGAGAACAGGAGGGCUUCUUAAAGAAAAACUAACAGGUCUGUGAGAGCCGGAAUUCUUACUGGUUGGUAGGUGAUCAAAUACUUAUGUCAUGCAAUAAAAUGCAAAUUAAUUACUUAAAAAUCAUACAAUGUGAUUUUCUGGAUUUUUAAGAUUCCGUCUCUCACAGUUGAAGUGUACCUAUGAUAAAAAUUACAGACCUCUACAUGCUUUGUAAGUAGGAAAACCUGCAAAAUCGGCAGUGUAUCAAAUACUUGUUCUCCCCACUGUAUAGGGAAGAGGGUGCCAUUUGGGAUGUCGCCAUAGACUUUGCUCCUCUCCUCUCAGUCUUCUCUGUAUGUCUACCCACAGCUUCAGGCUGCUCUCUACUUGUCCUCAGAGAAGCAAAUCCUGUUCAACCACAUUCAUCACUGAACUUUCAUGCGUUUUAGUACAUUAAAUUCUCUUUAUUCCGUUUUUUAAUACUGUAACUAUGUGACAUUGCAUGCGAGGGUGACAAAAGGAUUUAGCCUGAAGGUUAAGGUAAAUACUCUCGGGCACUAGCCUCUUGGGUGUGGCUUUAAAUGUCAGAACAGCAUAAGGAGCUGGUGCAGUCAGGAAAGCUGUGUUGUAAUUGGCUGAGUAGCAUUGUGAUAAUUAGGGGUGUGGUAUCUGGUAUGCAUGUGGAGAUGUAGUUGUGCUCCGACAAGCCCUGACUCUGUUCCUGCCACUCCCAGCCUAGUCUUUUCAAAAGCAGGGCACUUUAAUUGGCACGUUUUAGAUGGUACAGUAAAGACUGCUUUCCUAGAACAGACGUUAUAAAUAAUUUAGAGCUACUGUGUCUGUUUCUCAUUAGGUUGAAAAGAAUAUUCACGGAAAGUAGCCGACUGUGUUAUUUAUUUUACUGCAUUUGAUAGUCUUAAAGUAACUGUCCAGUGAAAAUCUCACUUUUAAAAGUUAAUAUUCUGUUAACUCAUACCCAAAUAAUGUUGUUGACUCGUCGUAUACUUGUAUUCGUGGCCAAAGCAUAAUUCUAUCCUCCUGAUUCCUGCUUAGAAGCAGGAAGUACCAGUGACUCACUCAAUACGGAAGUGGUUAGAUGACGCAGAUGCUAAGCUACAGGACUGUUUUGCUAGCACAGACUGGAAUAUGUUUCGGGAUUCAUCCGAUGGCAUUGAGGAGUAUACCACAUCAGUCACCAGCGUCAUCAAUAAGUGCAUCGAUGACGUCGUCCCCACAGUGACGGUACAUACAUACAUUGCCCUCCGACCAAACCAUCAAACAGGCAACGCAACAAUACAGGACUAAGAUUGAAUCCUACUACAACGGCUCUGACGCUCGUCGGGUGUGGCAGGGCUUGCAAACUAUUAUGCAUUAAAGGUAAGCCCAGCCUCGUGCUGCCCAGUGACGCGAGCCUACCAGAUGCGCUAAAUGACUUCUAUGUGUGCUUCGAGGCAAGCAACACUGAAUCAUGCAUGAGAGCGCCAGAUGUUCCGGACGACUGUGUGAUCACGCUCUCUGUGAGUAAGACCUUUAAACAGGUCAACAUUCACAAGGCCGCAGGGCCAGAUGGAUUACCAGGACGUGUAAUCAGAGCAUGCGCUGACCAACUGGCAAGUGUCUUCACUGACAUUUUCAACCUCUCCCUGACCCAGUCUGUAAUACCUACAUGUUUCAAACAGACCACGAUGGUCCCUGUGCCCAAGAACACUAAGGUAACCUGCAUAAAUGACUACCGACCCGUAGCGCUCACGUCUGUAGCCAUGAAGGGCUUUGAAAGGCUGGUCAUGGCUCACAUCAACACCAUCAUCCCAGAAACACUAGACCCACUCCAAUUCGCGUACCGCCCCAACAGAUCCACAGAUAAUGCAAUCUCUAUUGCACUCCACACUGCCCUUUCCCACCUGGACAAAAGGAACACUUAUGUGGGAAUGCUGUUCAUUAACUACAGCUCAGCGUUCAACACCAUAGUGCCCUCAAAGCUCAUCAAUAAGCUAAGGACCCUUUGACUAAACACCUCCCUCUGCAACUGGAUCCUGGACUUCCUGACGGGCCACCCCCAGGUGGUAAGUGUAGGCAACAACACAUCUGCCACGCUGAUCCUCAACACGGAGGCCCAUCAGGGGUGUGUGCUUAGUCCCCUCCUGUACUCCCUGUUCACCCAUGACUGCAUGGCCAAGCACGACUCCAACACCAUCAUUAAGUUUGCCGACGACAUAACGGUGGUAGGCUUGACAGCCUAUAGGGAGGAGGUCAGAGACUUGGCAGUGUGGUGCCAGGCAAAACCUCUCCCUCAACGUGAGCAAGACAAAGGAGCUGAUCGUGGACUACAGGAAAAGAGGGCCUUUUUUGAUAAGUAUUUGAUGUGAUUUUUGAUUGCAUUUACAUUGAUGUCAGAGUGGUUAGAGGGACAAUAGAGCCCUGAGUACCAGGCCAUUAGCGACCUGAUUUAUCUUUAGCGAGUUGGAUAGGCUACCACUGUCCAGAGUGCAUAAAAGGAGAUUACCAUGACUCAACAGUCAUGUAGAAUGUUACUGCGUUCAUGAAUCAUGACUGCGAGUGUGGCGGUAAUAUGGUCACCUCAACAGCCCUAGUAGUGUGUACGGCCCAGUACAUCACUGGGGCCAAGCUUCCUGCCAUCCAGGACCUCUAUACCAGGCGGUAUCAGAGGAAGGCCCUAAAAAUUGUCAAAGACUCCAGCCACCCAAGUCACAGACUGUUCUCUCUGCUACCGCACGGCAAGCUGUAUCAGCGCUCCAAGACUAGGUCCAAAAGGCUCCUUAACAGCUUCUACCCCCCCAAGCCAUAAGACUGCUGAACAGUUACUCAAAUGGCUACCCGGACUAUUUGCAUUGACCCACUUUUUUACGCUGCUGCUACUCGCUGUUUAUUAUCUAUGCAAAGUGACUUUACCCCUACCUACAUGUACAUAUGACCUCCACUAACCUGUACCCCCGCACAUUGACUGGGUACCGGAUCCCCCUGUAUAUAGCCUCGUUAUUGUUAUUUUGUUACUUUUUUUACUUUAGUUUAUUUAGCAUUUUCUUACUCUGCAUUGUUGGUUAAGGGCUUAUAAGUAAGCAUUUCACGGUAAACUCGACACCAGUUGUAUUCGGCACAUGUAACAAAUAACAUUUUUUUUGAUAUAUACGCCAACACCAUUCUGUUGGGUACACUCACACCUUUCCAACACAGAAAAGCAUUUUUUUUUUACAUACAUAAAACAAUUGGGAAGGAAAACUAUUUCACUCAUAUUGUAAUUAAUUAUAGGUCAUAUUUUGUAGAAUUCUGGAAACUCUGGACAGUAACUUUAAAGUCUACCUCUGUAAAUGUCAAUUUGUGUUAGAAAUAACAUGUUUGGGGGUGUUAAUCUUAGCACGACAUGUUCUCACACCUUUAUUUCUCUCUUCCCCUUUCAUAUUAUCUUUUCCUCUUGUUCUCGCUUGUCCUCCCUCACUCCCAUUUCUCUCUUUGUCCUUCUCUUGUCCCCCCCCCCACCACCCCCCUUCUCUCAUCUUCCAUCUCUCACUUUCCCUCUACAGCUCAGCCAGCCCUGCACACCCAUGGUCCAGCAGGCAGCUGAUGGAAGAUCUGGUUCCCAACGUGCCCACCAUGGUCUCCAGGCUGCCCAAGUUUGGCUCGCGCCCCGCAGCUGUGGCUGGCACCGCCCCACUGACCAAUGGGACCCACUACCAACGCGUCUCCAUCACCACUGGCAAAGGGUUACCCACUUCCACCACCAGGCACAACGGGACAAUGCGGAUGCCCCCCUCCUCCUCUCUGAAGUGGAAGAAGGGGAAAGGAGGAGAACCUGUGGAGAGGGGGGUGGACUCAGGGGAGGAGGGCGGAACUGGAGCUGGGCAUCACCUCCGACAACUGCAGCACUCACCAAUGGUUGUACGGGAGAUUAAGAAGCCAUCCACCAUGCCUGCUACGGUUAAGGUACGGGGGUGUGCUUCUGCGGUAUCCUCCACCAGCCCCAGGACUAUACCCUCCAAAACCGGGCCUCACGGGGCCAUCCCCAAACAGGCUUUGUCUGGACAGAGUCUCUGCAACGGCAAAGCAGGCCUCAACGGCCAGUCGGGUGGUGAUGGACGGUUUGGGUCUGGGAAUGGCUCCCUCAGGCGGGGCCAGAACUGUGGUUCCCCCUACAGCAACCUGACCAGCAGCCUGUCCCACUCCCAGUCCAGCGACAGCCUGGAGACUGCCUCGGAGGAGAACAUGGUGCGCUCCCGGAGCCUCACCCACGUUAAGAGGAUCCCCUCCCCCACCCAGCCGCCCAUCAUCCGCUCCUACUCCUUCAACAGGGCCUCAGAGCUGGCCAAGGAGCUGUCCAGGCCUCUAGCCAAGUCCCCACUGGUCAAGACAUCUCCCCUGGCCAGACCGACACCUGUGCUGAGUAGUGCAGGGAGAAGGAACGGCCUACACCUCAUUAUGGGUGGACGUGGACUAGCACCAGGCAGGGCUGUGGUGGGAACAACUAGCUGCAUCUUGCCCCCCACCAUACUGAGGAAUUCCUUACUACCCAGUUCAGCCUCCUUCACCACCAAGCCCUCGGCCAUCAGCUACAGACUCACACGGCCCUCCCUCAUCAAGCAGCCUCGCCCCAUCUUGGCCUCCUCUACCGAGAAGGUCCAGGGCAGCACAGAGGAAAGCGAGGGGAGGAGGAACUCGGUGGAGACACCCCCUGUCACCCCAGACCCAUCCAGCACCAAUGACAGCCCAGGGAGCACCCCAGAGGGCCUAACAGAAGGCCUGCAAGAAGAAACUGCGGCCCCCAGCGGGGUGCGUCCCCUGGGGGAAGGCCUGGAGGACAUGUCCCUCUCCUCCACCUCCUCCCUGGAGCGCAACGAUACCAGCGAGGAGUACAUCGACGACUUUGACAACCUGGGAAACGGAGGAGAUGGCAUUCUGCUGCUCCCUGCCCAUGAUGGAGGGCUCGACCAAUCACACUCUGUCUUGGCAGGUGAUGAUAACGCAGAUGUCAUCCACCGUCAUGGUGGAACCUCCAUGAAGGGCCUUCACAGCUUCCUGUCUGACAGUGUAGACUGGGCUGGAAUGGGACUCACUGGUAAAAUUUCACAAUAAUAUAAAUAAUUGACUUUAAAGUCUAAGGGACGGUUUCCCAGACACAGAUUAGGCCUAGUCCUGGACUAAAAAGCACUUUCAAUGGAGAAUAUCCACUGACAAUGCUUUUUAGUCCAGGACUAAACUUAAUCUGUGUCUGGGAAAUCGGCCCUAAAUGACAACAAUACUAACCAAAACGAAUGAACCAAAACUCCCUCAGUGAUUAGGUAGCAGGCGAGUAAAACCUCUUCUUUCUCCUCCCUGUUGUAGGAGGUAGAGGGGGCUUAGGGGCGUUGUCUCGGCGUGCUAGCCAGGCCCUGUCCGGGAGUGCAGACUACCCUCUCGGCUCUUCCCUUGACUUGUCUCCCUCAGACUCAGGCUCUGGGGGGACCUACAUGUGGGACGAGGAGGGUCUUGAGCCCCUGGGGACCACCACACACCCCUGUGGGAGCUACAACUCAGACAUCAACAGCAUGGUAAGUCUGGAUAGAAUACAAUGUAUUCAACAUGUAUAGUGAGUUGACCACAAAUAAUUUAAUUCUAUGGAAUUGACAGCUCCCAACAGAAUGGAUUAAGAUUUAAUCCAUCAUUCCAAUGGGAGGUGUCUAUCUUCAGUAGUACUUUGGUUAGUAACAUGUAUAUGUAUGUGUGUUUUACUGUCUUUCGGAGGGGUUGGGUUAAAAGCGGAAGUCAAAUUUACAUUUUACAUUUACGUCAUUUAGCAGACGCUCUUAUCCAGAGCGACUUACAGUUAGUGAGUGCAUACAUUAUUUUUUAUACUGGCCCCCCGUGGGUAUCAAACCCACAACUGUGGCGUUGCAAACGCCAUGCUCUACCAACUGAGCUACAUCCCUGCCGGCCAUUCCCUCCCCUACCCUGGACGACGCUGGGCCAAUUGUGCGCCGCCCCAUGGGUCUCCCGGUCACCGCCGGCUACGACAGAGCCUGGAUUCUAACCAGGAUCUCCAGUGGCACAGCUAGCACUGCAUCCUUAGACCACUGCGCCACUCGGGAGGCCCAAAUUUCAGUUGGGCCUUGUGUGCAAUUGACCAAUACAGUGAUCUUCAUCUUUUAAUCCCCGCUGACUGUCAUAAUGUGUUUAACCUUUGUCCAAUUCACUUUUACUUACACACCUUUUUUAAUAGUCAGCAUUUUACUUUCCCCGUUGCUAGAGUAGAAAACGUUCAUCCUACUUCCAUUCUGUGGAAUUUCCUGUGUGAUUUGUAUUCUAGAGGGGCAAGGGUUGUCCUGCUGGCUUUGACCUAAAUGAGCUCACUGCCUGGCACUGUUUCUGUGUGGGUUCUCUGCCCACGGUAUCACUGUCCCCAAUCUUACGUCACUACUCAGGACAUUGAGCUACAAGACAGGUCUUCAAUGGUGCUGCUCUUUCUUUGGCCAGUGUACUGUAUGCAGUCAGGGCUUUUGUCUUGCACUGUACAACUCUGCUCCUGUACAACAGUUACAUAGUUGUCGUUUUUUCUCUAAUCUGAUUAAAUGCUUUUAAAGUACAUCCUUCCUUCCUCCCUUGCUAUUCAGUGAUCUGUAAGUGAUUGUAUGGUCUCCAGCCUAUUGCUUUCACCAAUCUCAGCGUGUCAGAUCAGUCAUUACUGAAGGAAGGAAGGAGGCAGGGCCUUGUUCUGCCUUCCAAAUGUAAGAACCCAAUUUCCUGGAUUUCAGCCAAAUAAUCAGUUCAUUGAUGUUUUCUUGAGGGAUCCUAUUGGCUGUUGCCCCGUGUGAUUUCCCUGCUGUUUCACAGCAGCCUAUCACUGGGCCAGAGAGAAGGAUGCAGCCUCCGGACCAGAGGCAAGCGGAAGGAUGA